GAUGAGAGGGCUUCUAGUUGGUUUCCAUUUCUGUCCCGUUCUGUUGAGUGGUGUUGCUUUGUUUCUUGUGGCUUUCAGUUCGUCUUUGCACACUGACUUCAGCAGGGACGAGGUUUUCGAGCGAAUUGAAGGUAACACGUAAAUUUGUUAUACCUCUCGACACGGUGAUAUUUUGUUCCGGUGGGAUGUGAGUGUUUCAAGUGCCAUGGGAUCGGAAAACUGGGAUCGGUUGACACAGAUUUUGAUCCCUCCCCCACCCCCCUAAUAAGGGUUUGUGAGAUUCCUACAAUCCCCUUCAUUGGUAGUAAAUUUCCAUUCUUCCCCCUUUAUACUCUGUUAGCCACAGCAGUUCGCCCUGGAAAAAAAAUAUAAGAUCGCCCCAAAAUUGGGUAAAAACAACAGGAACUUUCAACGUGCAACUCUCAUAACUCUCAGGGCUUCUUCAUAUUCACCUUUGUACGAUAUCAAGAGUCAAGAUGACCUCUUAAGACAGGGUAAUUAACUACACACAAACUGUAUUAUUAAAGUAUCCAAAAUAAACUGAGUGAUGAGAACAUGAAACACGAUUGUGUUGUUUUUCAAGGAUUUGAGCUAAUUGGUCACAUCACCAAGACAUUAUAUGCUGACGAAAUAAGCUGUGGAUUGAGUUGCCUUCGAGAUGAAAAAUGCCAAUCUUACAACAGCAAAUCCGAUGCUAGUGAUAUAAAGAAGGAAUGUCAACUGAGUAAUCAAACCAAAAAUUCAAGUCCGGAAAACCUGAGGUGUAACCCACGUUCUACUUAUUAUGGAAGAGGUACUGUUGAGUAAGGUGCUUAACAUUAUGGAAAAGUUAGAGGAGGUGGGAGGGUAUGAAGGUUCGGAGUAUUUUGGUUGUCACGAUAUAGUUUUCCUGAUCCUUCCAUAACAUUCCGAAUUAUUCUAUCGAUCUUCCUCAUUGGCCGCCAAUUUUCUUUAGUCCCACCUUUAAACUCUGUUAGCGACAACUGAUCCCCUCUCCAUUCCCUUGGAAAAAAUUAUAUCCCCCCCCCCAAGACUCUGCCACCCCUCCCACCACCUCUUUCCAUGACCAAGUCAAAAAUGGUGACCUAUUUCUUACUUUUGAUUAGCGCUUUUCAGAGCUCUCUCAUGUCACGUGUACAUCCAUGUAUAAUCUUUCCCGAGAGGAUAUGAAGUUAAAAAUCUCUUGCUUUUCCUUAUAAUGAAAGGUUUUCCAUAUUCUUAGUUUGAAUUGAAAGAUGCUAUGGAUCCUGCAAAGAUUUAUAAAAUCUAGAGCUAUCUAACAAUUACGCGAAAAGAACUACUUAUGGAAUAAGACCUCUGUGGCGUGUUUUGUUUCUUAAUUUGAUCCUUUCCUCGUUUCAAAUGAUUAUUCUUCCUUUUUCCUAUGCAGGUAAACGAGGUUGGGAUUUUGCUCAUCCGGCCGCCUCCUGUAAAGAAAUUUCGGACUCUGGACACUCCAAAGGUAAACGAGGUUGGGAUUCUGCUCAUCCGGCCCUCUCCUGCAAAGAAAUACUGGGCUCUGGACACUCCAAAGGAGACGGGGAGUAUUGGAUCGACCCUGAGAAGAGUGGAAACCCUUUGAAGGUCUAUUGUGACAUGUCAAGAUAUGGUGGUAAGAAAAUGAAUUUUUUUUUUUGAGACACGAGGACUUCAACAGGAGUAUAUUUGGUCUUGGCUAUUCUUGCUUUCUCUACAAAUAUCCUUCUUAUGUUUUGAAUCAAAACUACUGCAGAAUUCUUGAAACUGAUUGGUUAUCAUCAGCCGGCCGAUUUGAGCACUAAUAGGACAGUGUACGCGUCAUACUUGUGAUUGAACAGUGUAAUAGGACCGUUAAAGGGAUAGUUAACGCGUCAUGCCUGUGUGAGUGGACAGAACGCGUCAUGUGCGCGCUGUUGUCUCGCAUUUCGCCGGGUGAACUGUUGUUUUUCGUUUUUGUGAAAACGUAUAACCGAUGUAUAGUUUCUUUCUAAAUUUUUGUCAUAGUUUUGAUUAAUUGGUAACAGGCCUUCUUGUCGUCCAAUUCUGUCUGUAGUGAUACGAGUGAUUAACAAAUCGGAUUCCCGCUUUGCGGUCGUACGAUUCUGUAAAUCACUCGUAUGAUUACAGACCCAAUUGGACUCCACUCGGUCCUGUUACUAUUUAAUAUGUCCAAAAUUCUAUUUACAUGGAUGUCACCAGAUCAUUUAGGUUUGUUUUAUUUUAGGAGGUUGGCUUCUGGUGUCAAAUGUUGAGUUCGGAAGUCCCUCUCCUAAGGUGUCAGUUGAGACAUCAUACCGUGGAAUAGGUAAGUCAAACAUGGUUUUGCAGAAAAGUGCCAUGAAAGAGCUCAGAAGACACUUGUCCUUCACUCAGCUGCGAUUCCACUGCCACAAGAAACAGGGACGCACAUUCCACGUGGUCACAGCUUCCAACAGCUCAGGCGAAGCUGUGGUCCGGUACUUCAGCGGUCAGAUAGAUGAGCAACCGGACGCCUGUGGUUCGUUUGUGAGAGUGACGCGGGAUGACAAUUCCAAGUUAGCUGGCAUUUGCAAAAAUUGGGGUCGACAAGUAAGUGGAGAGUCCGAAUUUAAGUGGAGAGUUGGAAAGUGGGGACAUGGUGAAGAUCAAAACAGGCUAUACUGGUAUCCCGUCUUGAUAAAAAACAGUCGUCAACUUAGGGUCCAACUGCAUAACGUUGGCGACCUCAGAAAAAUGGAUUGUGAUGAUAGCUCCGCUCCCAAUGUUGGCACAAACGGCGAUUUCUGGAGAGUCUUUGUUCGUUAG